GCGAUCAAGAUUUUAUAUUAUUCAUGCAUCGUCGUCGUCGUCGUCGUCGUCGUCGUCUGUUAUGGCGCCAGCGUCGCGCCGCGUCGCUCCAGGAUCCAGAAGAUUUUCCGUCCGACAGCAACGCUCGCAACUCUCGCAUCGCAAGUCGCAGCCAGCAGGGUGGACGAUAAUCUCAGUGAAUCGGUGGUGAAUCUCAGAAUCAGUAGUGCCAAGUAGCGCGCAUGGUCGUUCGCAACAACUUCGACAACGUCUGCUGGUCGCUGCUGGUGAUUAAGGGUGGGUCUGUUCCUUUUUGCGGGAGGGGUCGUGUAAACGAGCACGAGGAAAUAAAAAGACGAACACGAAUAAUAAUCUGCAGCACGGGUGGCCAGGGUGGCCAGUCUCGUUGCUAGACUUGAACCGCGCGCAGGCAGGGGAAGAAAAGGACACCGUGAAUCGCUGUCGAGAGGUGUCGAUCGAAUCGGCAUAUCGGUGUUUAUUGACAGCGAAACAGUGAACGAAAAUUGGUGAAUGGUGUUCGCACAAAGAUUUGCGCUAUCUUUCCCUAAUUUCCACAGUUCCCUCCUUCGUUCGACCCGAUUCCCCAUAAAGAUUCAAUCCCCUAUAACGCUCUAGUCGCUCCUCCGUUUAUGGCUGCAGUCCGGGGUGGGGGAAAACAAGCUGUAUAACGUCGUAUAAUUUCGAAGCUUAUAUGCAGGAAUAUGUCAAGUUUAAAAAUCGUGUCGGUAAUGCACUUGCUUGCCCUACUGCUACCCUUGAGAAUGACGGACUCUGAGCAAAGAAAUCAGCAGGUAUAUCAACACUAAACAAAAAAAGCUAAAGAAUGAAUGCCUGCUGCACUCACGCCGCCGACACAGAACAAGCAGACUUAACUACUAAUUUAUGCGAGUAGCGAGUGAGUAGCAGCUACUCACUACACCACCACCAACCACCACCACAUUCAGACGUAUAUAUCUUUUUUCGCACAUGGCAGCCAUGAAGCAUGGCAAGACGAGUCAAGACGACGUAUGUUAUGUUGUCGCCAAAUAUGACUAUGGAGCACAGGGUGCUCAGGAGUUAGACUUGCGUAAGAACGAACGUUACUUGCUCCUUGAUGAUUCGAAACACUGGUGGAGAGUACAGAGCGCUAGAGGGCAAGCUGGUUACGUGCCGAGCAAUUAUGUUAAAAAGGAGAAACCGUCCCUUUUUGACAGUAUCAAGAAGAAGGUCAAGAAGGGCUCGGGUUCGAAGACUCUACCAUCCGGUAACUCGCCAUCCAGAGCCGUAGAAUCCCCGAUUAUGGCCAGACGGCUUCCCGCUGAUCCGAGCGAGGCGAUAGGCACGGCGGUGGUCAAAUACAACUAUCAAGCGCAACAAGCAGACGAACUGUCGCUCGUGAAAGGCACUAGAAUCUUAAUAUUGGAAAAGAGCAACGAUGGCUGGUGGAGAGGUCAGAGCGGUACGCAAGCAGGCUGGUUUCCGUCGAAUUAUACUCAAGAGGAAGGUGAUGCGGACGAUACUCUUCACACGUACGCGAUGGCGGAGAACGUUCUCGAUAUCGUCGUCGCCCUUUAUUCGUUUUCUUCCAACAAUGAUCAGGAACUGUCGUUUGAGAAAGGUGAUCGUUUGGAGAUCCUCGACCGUCCACCGGCAGAUCCUGAAUGGUACAAGGCGAGAAACAGCCAGGGCCAAAUAGGCCUGGUGCCACGGAACUAUCUCCAAGAGCUGAGCGAGUACUUGACGCAACCGUACCGCGAGACCCGGGGAAUGACGGGUAGUAGCGAGAUCGGCACAGCGGCGGGAGAUUCUCUGGAAAGAAGGCCAGAUCCCGGCGACAGGCCGCAUCUCAUUGGAAAACCUUGGUAUUAUGGCAGCAUUUCGCGUUCGCAAUGCGACACUUUAUUGAAUCAACAUGGUCACGACGGUGAUUUUUUAAUUAGAGACAGUGAAACUAAUGUGGGAGAUUAUUCGGUAUCCUUGAAAGCUCCAGGACGUAACAAACACUUUAGGGUACACGUGGAAGGAGCGUUAUAUUGUAUCGGUCAAAGGAAAUUCCAUACGCUAGACCAAUUGGUAGAUCAUUAUCAACGAGCGCCUAUUUAUACUAACAAGCAGGGUGAGAAGUUGUAUUUGGUGCGUCCAUUACCAAAAAGCAACCCCAAUAGCAACGGUUGCUAAGUGGUGGUGUGGUGAGAGGAGUGUGUGCCAUCGUGCCAUGAAAUACGGUCCAUGCGCUUUCGCCACAUCGUAUCCUCCGUGUAAGACACACGCAGAGAGACAAAGAGAUACGCAAUGCCUGCCUAGUAAUAUCAAUAUCACACACACACACACACACACACAUCUCGUAUGUUUAUACGUAACAAUUAAUAUAAUUGAUGAACUCGUAUAUUAGUGUUUCUUGAUUGUUUGUCCUUGAUUUACACUGAUCGAAAUAAUUUAUUACUCGAUAAGCGAGCGAUUCAGUCACCGACGCGAUUCUUAUCAUUCAUUGUCGAGCUUCCAUACUGUCCGUUAGCCAACGAAAAGGUAAAAGAUGGAACGACGACGGGGAGAAAAAUAAAAAUACAUUUGUACGGCAGCUGUAAUAAUAAUAAUAAUUGACGAUCGACUAGUUAUGGCUUCUCUUUAUAUCUCAUAAUAUGUAACAAUUGUAAAACACCGAACCGACCAUGUUAUUACGACUAAUAAUGUAUUUACAAUUACACGUAACGUAGACUGCAAGUGUGUAACAUGAUCGACAGUAACGCGGUUAAUUAUCACAUGCAAUUAAUAACGAUCAUCGAUUAAGUGGAUCUCUA